AUGUUGGAUCUCAGCCAGAUUCUCAUCCUAGGCCUCGUCGCCGUCUUGGGGUUCGUCGUCUAUCGGUGGCGAAGUCAUGAUGCCCAGGAACCACCAGUCGUGGCCAGUGCCAUCCCCAUUUUUGGACACUUGAUCGGGUUGCUCUGGUAUGGCAUUUCCUAUUUUGGCCAGCAAGCCAUAAAGCACUCGAUAUACCCGAUUUUCUCGCUAGAUCUAAUCUUCGUCAAGAUCUACGUGAUCGGUUCCCCAUCCCUGGUGCGCAACGUCCAACAAAACUCCAAGAUUCUGACUUUUGAACCGUUCAUGGAGUUUUCCGCCAAGCGCAUGGCGGGCCUCUCUCCGCCGGCGCUUGAAAUGUUGAAAUUGAAGCAGGCUAGUGGCCAUUCUCUCUUUACAGAUAUUUUGCAUGGCAUGUUCCCUACGUUGCUGGGUGAAUCCCUGGAUCGUAUGAAUGAGCGAAUGAUUCGGUUGCUACGACCUUUCAUCGAUGAGUUGGGAAGUGGUGGGACCAUUGAUUGGUAUGAGUGGACUCGCCACGCAAUUACGGUUGCGAGUACCGAUUCCUCGUACGGGGACAUGAAUCCUUAUAAGGACCAAAAGAUCGAGGAUGCAUUCUGGGAUUUUGAUAACUACCUCAGUCCGUUGAUAGCAAAUAUACUACCGUUGCUGACAGCACGUCCGGCUUGGAAGGGACGAGAGAAUCUUAUCGAUGCGCUUGAAGAUUAUUAUAACCGAGGAGGACACGAGAACUCCUCUGACCUAACAUUUGCGCGAUUCAAAAUUCCACGGGAUGCAGGCAUGAGCGUGAGAGAUAUUGCGCGGCUAGAGGCCACCAUGGCUUUUGGGUUGCUCUCCAACACUGCUCCGGCGGCAUUUUGGGUUCUGUACGAUAUCUUUUCCAGGUCCGACUUGCUGGAAGAGAUCCGCGAGGAAGUACGGGAAAAUGCCUUGCAUGUCAUGGAGGACGGCACGCAUAUCAUUGAUCUGGCCGAUCUGCGUGACGAUUGCCCGCUCAUGAUUUCCACAUUCCAGGAGAUUCUUCGCACGAGAUCAUCAUCGACUUCCACGCGCUUCGUCACUAAAGAGGUCAUGGUUGGCGAGCGGUAUUUGUUGAAAGAAGGAAAUGUUGUUGUGAUGCCUGCGAUUUCCAUCGGCCGGAAGAGUGAUGUCUGGGGUGCGACAAACGAUGACUUUGACCCGAGACGAUUCAUGAAGCCCACAGCUCCCGACAAGAAGUCAGAGGGAAAGAAGGAUCCUCGGCGGGUGGGUGGUUUUAUGGCUUUUGGCGUCUCGCCAGUCAUAUGUCCCGGCCGUCACUUUGCUAGCGGUGAGAUCUUGGGGUUAAUUGCCAUGACGGCUAUGCGCUUCGAUGUUCUUCCUGUUGGAGGGGUCUGGAAGGACCCGAAGGCGAAUGCAAUGGCCAUCACAUCUAUUAUGAAUCCACCCAAGGAGUCAUUUAAUGUCAACGUACGACCGAGGAAGGAGUUUGAAGGCACAAGCUGGGACUUCAAAGUCACAGAGGGAAAAAGUAAAUAUCCUCUGGUGAUAGGAUAG